AUGUCGCUAUGUCGCGAGCCCCAUGAGAAUAUCAAGACAACCCCCGUUCGCAAACGUAUCAUCAUCUGCUGUGAUGGGACAUGGCAGUCCUCCGUAUCGGGCAAGAAGAACGUCCCGUCAAAUGUCACUCGCCUCUGCCGCGCUCUGAACGGGUUUGGAAUCGAUGAGAAUGGUGAACAGUGGCAACAGAUCGUGUGGUACGACUCCGGAGUCGGCACUACUUCCCUUGCCAUUGGUAAGAAGAUUGAAGGAGCCAUCGGCCAAGGAUUCGAAGGCAACGUCAUCGAAGCAUAUAACUUCUGCGUGAUGAACUAUUCUCCCGGCGACCAGAUUAUGUGCUUUGGUUUCUCGAGAGGCGCGUACACGGCUCGUACUAUUGCCGGGUUGAUUUCCGAUAUUGGUAUUUGCAGCAAGCAGGAUCUCAACCGUUUCCCAGAUCUCUGGGAGGCUUACAAGAACCGACCGCAAAGGGGAGAACGGUUCUAUUACAGUGAUCGCUGGUUUGAGUGGAUGGAGGGUAAGGCUGAUGAGCACCAGGGCGCUAAAGGCGAGGACUUUGUUUUUGCAGAGCGCGCUAAGGGUGACUGGGCUCAGCCGGGCUCUCGGAUUGUGGAGGUUGUGGGUGUUUAUGACACUGUUGGUUCCAUUGGCUUGCCUGCAGUGCUUGGUGUUAAAUUGCCGUCGAAUUGGUUGUGGUGGGCGGAUCAGACUGGAUGGCAGAAUGUUACACUUUCAGCAAAUGUCAAACAUGCUUUCCAGGCUUUGGCCCUCGAUGAGCACCGCGAGGCCUUUUCACCCACGCUAUGGUAUCUCCCGAGAUUCGGCGAAGCUAAGGCGAGCGAUAUCGAAGCACAGAAGAUAGUGAUCGAAGAAAAAGCCGAAGAAUGGGACAAGCUGUUGCAAGCUGCAAUCGACCUCAAGUCGAGUGGAAAGGCUACUGACAAGGAAGUCAACGAUGCUGCCAUCGAGCUCAACAAAGUGGCAAAAGCCUUGAACCAGGCGAGUCGCGAGCUUUUGCGGAUGGAAGACGAUGUAAACCACCAGCUCAACCCUCGUACGUUAAAACAGGUGUGGUUCCCCGGCUACCACAUUCACAUCGGUGGCGGCUCGAACUCAACCCUGAAGGAAGAAGGUGACAUGGAAGAGAUGUCCAACAUCACCUUCUCAUGGAUGCUGGACCAGAUCAAACCCUUCCUGUUCUUGAACGAGGAAUACCUAUACAUUGAAAGAGGCGACAGAGAUCGCCACAUCUCGACCAUCCCCGAGGACCCUCUGGAAAAUGAGUCUUGGGGAUCAUGGCUUGGACGCAAUGCCGCAGCAACAGCCUCUGCAAUCCGUCACCCCUUCACAGCAGCCGUCAAGCCCGUCCAGAAAUUCCGCAAAUACGGCUGGGGAACCGGUAACCUGGAAGAUAGCUUCACACUUUUAUACUACCUCAACGGAUCUUUGCGACGCACUCCCGGAAACGACGUUCUGGACAGCAACAACCAGCCACUCGGUGAUACCUGCGAGUUCAUCCAUCCGGUGGUUGGAUACAGGGUGAAGACGAAGGGCUACAAACCCAUUGGUGGUGCGCAUUACUUCCGCUAUCAGACAACGUACAAGGACGCGAAGGAUCAUGAUAAGGAGAAGCCGUGCUUUGAGUACGAGAUCGGUAAUGCAAGCAGGCCAUUGCGGGAGUGGCAACUGGGUGGACCUGAUUCUUAUGAGAGGCUGGCUAUUGCUGGCGAGAAGGCUUACGAGUAUGUCGCCGAAUUGGAUGAGGCGUUGGGGAUCAAAAAGACCCCCGGGUUCUGUGGGGGUGAUGUUCAGCAGGAAGGAUUUACCCAGGGUGGAUUUCAACCAGCUCCAUUCUCUCAAGGAGGAUUUAAGCAGAAUGGUUUCCAAUCGGCCGGCUUUGAAAGCAAACGCUUCCAAAUGACUUCGGAGGAAAUCUUGAUUGAGGAAACGGCGACUCGAGGGUGA